AUGGAUCUCGUUUCUCACUUGCCAGACAGACUACUCUUCGCCGUUCCCAAGAAGGGUCGUCUUCACCAGCAAUGUCUCGAUCUCUUGCACGGCUCCGACAUCCAGUUCACCCGUAACAACCGCCUCGACAUCGCACUCUGCCUCAACCUCCCCGUCGCGCUCAUCUUCCUCCCCGCAGCCGAUAUCCCUCGUUUCGUCGGUGAAGGAAACGUCGAUCUCGGUAUCACCGGCCAAGACCAAGUCGCUGAAGCUGGUUUGGAUGUAGAGGAGCUCAUCGACCUCGGCUUCGGGAAGUGCAAGUUGCAGGUCCAGGUCCCUGAGAAGGGCGAAUACCAGACCGCGGAGCAGUUGAUCGGCAAGAACGUCGUUACCUCGUUCGAGGGACUCGUGGAGACCUACUUCCGCAAACUCGAGAACAAGCCGACCGGUCCUCUCGCCACCAAGAUCAAGUACGUCGGCGGAUCUGUCGAGGCUGCCUGUGCUCUUGGCGUAGCAGACGGAAUCGUCGACCUCGUCGAGUCAGGCGAGACGAUGCGUGCGGCGGGAUUGAAGCCUAUCGACACCGUCCUCACCACCUCCGCCGUCCUCAUCGCUUCCCGCACCCCAUCCAACCCUGCCCUCGUCGCGACAAUCACCAACCGUAUCCGCGGAGUCAUCGCCGCGAAGCGCUACGUCCUCUGUAACUACAACGUCUCUCGCGCGAACCUCGCCGAGGCCGUCAAGGUCACCCCAGGCAAGCGUGCGCCCACCGUGAGUCCCCUUGAGGACGGCGAUUGGGUUGCUGUGAGCAGUAUGGUUGAGAAGAAGGUGCUUGCGCAGACGAUGGAUAGAUUACAGGAGAUUGGUGCGACGGAUAUUUUGGUGUUUCAGAUUUCGAAUUCGCGUGUGGAUUAG